AUUGCAUUGCACAAAAAACGCCAUCCUCAAUCAAGAACAGAACAACAAACGCGACAGCCUCGAAGCAUGGCAUUGGUGGUUUACGUUCUGCUUUUGGGGACUCUACCGUCACUUUCAGUCGGUGAUGACUUUGGGAGGGAGCCAGAAUUCUUAUAUGCUUUCAUCCCAUUAUUCUUCAUCUUGGUACUGGUCAUCAUGAUCCGUGCGUGCUGCCGUAUAUGCAGGCCUCCUACAUCGGCGGUGGCGACCACAACUCAUGCGUCAGUGGUAGCUUCUACGCAGUACCCGCAGAACCACACCCCUACCCAGCAGUACUCAGGCUACUAUCCUGGCAACCAUCAGCACCCAGCCUAUAACCCUGGCAACCAGCAGCAGCCAGGCUAUGGAACCCCUGCACCUUACGGAGGUCAGACAAUGCCCAGUGUGGAACCGCAGGGACCAGCCAACAUGGCGUUUGGGCCCCCUCCUUCCUCUUGGGAUGUUGCUGGACCAGGAGGAUACGCUGUCAACUACAGCGGUGCCGCCUUCCCACCAGGCCAGCAGUCCUACCCAAUGCAACCUCCAGUGCAUGCUGGGUACCAGAACCAGCCCGUGCCACCAGCCACUGCGGACCUCAACACCCAUCCUGCCUACAGCCCAGACUACGUCGCCCCACCACCUGCCAAAUACUAAACAUCACCUGCGGGCACCUGAAACCAAACUCGACACACAUGGAUGAAGUUUUUAAAUCCCUGCAGCACUCCAGAUGAAAGUUCCCCAGUGAUUUAUAGUGUCUGCAGCACACUGUUUACACAUAGACGGGUAUUUUGAUAAACUGGCUUUUUCUUUCCCUCCGUUUCCUAAAAUAACUUCAUUCACACCAUCGGCAAAUGCACAUAAACAUAGUCGAGAGCUAUCAUGAACACAUUAAGCCUGUGCCGUUUACAUGUAAAACAUGAAACCAGCGAAAAAUCUUCACUUUUGCCAGUGUGUUUUGAAAGAAUCGCUUUCAGAGGAAAAAAUAGCUAUUUGUGUGUAGAAGAAAAGGCACAAAUGAAGAGAAAGGUCUCCUUUUUUAAAAAGUACCCUAUCUGUAAACUGUGUAUGACUGUAGGUCUUUUCCCCAGACUUGUGUAUUUGAAAUACAAAAAAACAUCCUUAAUGCUGAUCUUUUGAAGCAGGUAUUAGCCCCUUAAGGCGUGGCUUUAUAAAUUCAU